AUCUUCACCGUCCACUCCCUCCCGGCUGCGCGCCAUCCGACGGACCCGAAUUUUCUUUCCUUUCCGGCACACGUUAGCGCUCCUCGGCGGCCAAUUUUCUAUUUCUAUUUACAGAAAAAGCUGUGAUAGAUAUCUUCCGAACGCUUCUUCUUUCCCUCAAGCCCACCUCGCGUCGCCGAGUAGGAAACGCCCCGUCCUCGCCGUGGUGACCUGUGCUGGAAGCUCCGGCGACCCUCGUCCGGCCGUUGAUCCCGUUGGGGGGCGCGAUUGGUCGACGGUUAGCAGGUGGUUGACUGUUUUUGACUGAGCUGGUUCCGUACUGUCAGCUGCCUUACAGUGGCAAGCGAGGCUUUUGCAGCUUCAUUUUUGGGGGAAAUGUUGAGAUGCUUAUACGGAUGGCCCUGUUGAGCUCGUACAUGCGUGCGGCUGGAGUUGUACGGGCAGAUCGAUGGUUUUUCCAAUUCGGAACUCGGAAUUUGAAACCCUAGAGAUGAAUUGUAUACUGAUUGGGGCUGCAAGGAGGAGGUUUCCCAUGGAGGUUCUCUAGUGCUGCGAUGGUGAUGUAAAAUUUUGCGUUUUUUGAGAGAUAGGAGGCUGUUUUCGGUUUGAUUCUUCCCUGAGUAGCUCAGCAGUCUCCUUUUUUUGUCACGCUAUGGAGUGUUUGGAGCUGAAUUUGAACAAAGAAGUCGGAGAUGCUGGCGAAGGAGGAGGAGGCGGUGUUGGAGGUGGUGGUGGUGGUGGUGGUGGUGGUGGUGGGAGCAAUCCCAACCCUAAGGGAGGAAGUGAUGGUUUUAUUGAUCGGAGCAAAGUGAGGAUUUUGUUGUGCGAUAACAACCCGAAGAGCUCGGAAGAGGUCCUUCCGCUUCUUUUGAAAUGCUCUUAUCAGGUGACUUCUGUAAGAUCAGCAAGGCAGGUAAUAGAUGCCCUGAAUGCUGAGGGACCAGACAUUGAUAUUAUCCUAGCUGAAGUCGACAUUCCUAUGUCCAAAGGCAUGAAGAUGUUGAAGUACAUCACACGUGAUAAAGAGUUACGACGCAUUCCUGUGAUUAUGAUGUCGGCCCAGGAUGAGGUCUCAAUUGUUGUCAAGUGCUUGAGGCUAGGAGCAGCAGACUAUCUUGUGAAGCCAUUGCGCACUAAUGAACUACUGAACUUAUGGACCCACAUGUGGAGGAGGCGGCGCAUGCUUGGAUUGGCGGAGAAAAACAUUUCGAACUAUGAAAUUGAUCUGGUGGCGUCAGACCCUAGUGAUGCAAAUACAACUAGCACGACACUUUUCUCAGAUGACACUGAUGAUAGGUCCAGGAGGACCACCAACCCUGAUGUGUUACCCACACAUCAAGAAGAAGAGCCUGUUGUUACUGCUCCUCAGACAGCUACUGUGACUGCUUCUGAGCCACCAACUCAUAAUGUUCGAGAUUGCCUUCCUGAUGUACCUGGCAUCAGUGAUCGCCGGACAGGACAAUUAUCUUCUGGUCCUAAGAAGAGCGAGCUGAAGGUUGGGGAGUCAUCAGCAUUCUUCACAUACGUAAAAUCAAGCAUUGUCAGGAACAAUUCACUCCCUGCUCCCCAUGCCAAUGGCAACGCUGCCCAGACUUUGAGGCCCGAAGAGAGAGUCCCUGCAGAGGCUGAGCAGGUUGCUUAUGAUCCACGAGUACAUGAAAAUGGAGAAGCAUGGGAGAAAUCCUCCCAAGGGGAUGACUUCCCAAGCAGCAGCAGCAUUCCUGAUUCUCUCUCUUUGGAAAGAUCUUGCACCCCACCCGUAUCAACUGAUUACUUGCAGCAGCAGAGGAACUAUGUUGGGGAAAAGUUACCUUCUCAUAUGGUCUCCCCAAGGAAUGACCCACAUCACGAAGUGUCAGGAUUGGGCCUACAGGGCACUUAUCCUUAUUAUGUGCCGGGGGUUGUUAACCAAGUUAUGAUACCCUCGUCUUCUGCACAAAUGUAUCAAAAGAACCUCCACGACUUACAAAAUCAUCACGCUGCCCCUUAUCCUCUCCCGCAUUGCUCUCCUCACAUGACAGGAUUGCCUUCUUUCCCUUAUUACCCAGUAAGCAUUUGCUUACAACCUGGGCAGGUCUCUUCGCCCCCCUCGUGGCCUUCAUUUGGGAACGCUCCAGUUUCAGAGACAAAAAUGAGCAAUGUUGACAGAAGAGAAGCUGCCCUGAUCAAGUUUCGGCAGAAAAGGAAGGAGCGAUGUUUCGACAAGAAGAUCCGGUAUGUAAACAGAAAACGGCUUGCUGAGAGGCGGCCUCGUGUGAGGGGACAGUUUGUGAGGAAGGUCAACGGUGUGAAUGUGGACCUUAAUGGUCAACCUGCUAUGGCCGAUGAUGAUGAGGAUGAACUUGAGGAUGAGGAGGACGUUGAUCCACCAGAUUCCUCCCCUGAGAACGGAGUUUCAGAAUAUUGACAUGAUUUACUUCUCUCCUCUCCAAGAAUUAUUAUUUCAGAGUCUGAAUCCCAAGAUGCUGAUUAAUCAAGGUGGGGCAUUUUUUCCGUCAACUUCAUCCGGUGGGUCUGGUUCAGUUCAAUUCAGUUCGUCAGCCUUGAUCUAUGGGCCAUUGCGCAUUACAACUUGACUUACAAACUGUGCCCCUGUGUGGAGUCAGAACUAUCUCCCAAGUUUAUCGACUCUUGCAGAAACUGGAUGCAGUGCUUUGGUUGGAGCUUUGCAUCAUUUCAAGUGACUGUUGAAUACUUCGUCUAAGGACAAGAAAUUGGUAUGGCUUGCUUGAAAUUCUACUGCUACAUGGACAAUCUGCAGGCUUUUGCAAAUUCCGUUCACCCUCUAGCUAUUGUCAUUUGUGUAAGUUCCGGAUUAGAGUUAUUAUGAUGUUAUCAAAGUCCCCCAGUUAAGUUUAAUCGAGCAUCGCCUUUCCUGUUUACUUCAA